GGUCAUUUCUUGUGCCGCGCUCAACCACACUUCAGCAUGCUCUUCAAACUUGCUGCGGUCUGCUCUUUGGCAGCUGUCGCGUUCGCCUACCCCAGCGGAGCACCAGAAGGAACCUGCGCCACCCUGACCCCCAAACAUCAAGUCGCGGCUCAGAAUUCGAAGUCCAGCCACGAAAUCUACGUAUCACCAAACGCCAUCAGGGCCGGAUCACCGACCUCAGUGACGCUCCACGGAUCCACCUUCCGCGGUUUCCUAAUUGUCGCUCGUGACGCCAGUACCGAGCAAGCUGUGCAGGGAACGUGGGCUGCUCUCGAUGGGUCGUCGAAAGCUCUGGGCUGCGGCAUAACCCACAACUCCAAGGACCCGAAGUCUCAAGUGAACGUUCAAUUCACUCCUUCUCGCUCGUACAGAGGUCAGCUCGUCUUCCGCGCCGCCGUCGUGCAAGAUAUCGACACCUACUGGAACAACGUGAUAUCUGAAGUCAUCAAUGUCUCAUAA